ACGAAUUAUGAUAAAUUGGUUGGUAGUCUGUGUUAUAACCUCGAAAAAAUAAUUUAUUUCAAAAAACUUCGAAACCCAAAUAUAUUAAUCAAAUUGUAAAUUCUAUUUAGAAACGGUAAUACUGAAUAUCAUUCAAUAAUGGCUAAGCCAGUGGACCUAGAAUUGAAGAAAGCAUUCGUCGAGUUGCAAGUUAAAAUGGUUGAGACCAGUAAGAAGAUCCAGGUGAUAGAUAGCCAAAUUGGAGUGCUGAAGCGAGUGUUGCAACACGCUGACAUAACUCAGCGGGAAAUCAGUACUUUACCACCAGAUACUAAAACCUACGAGUCUGUAGGCAGAAUGUUUCUUUUGACAGACUUGGCGGAAAUCAAAAGUAAUCUGAAAAAUAGGACUGCUCUCCUUACUCAACGGACCACGGAAUUAGAAAACAAUAAACAAUACUUAGAGAAGAAUCUUAAAGAAAGUGAAAACAAUAUCAGGGAGAUGGUACAACAGAAGAAAGAACAAAGUGAGACAAAGUAAAUUUUAUGAUAAUGCUGCCUUUUCAAUAUGUCCAAGGAUUAAUAGCGAGAGAUGUGUGUAAAAUCCUCCCAUCUCUUCAUUUCCAUAGCUUAGGUAUAGAUAUUUAAAUCAUUUUGUACUUGAGUUAUGAUGUUAAGCUAUGAAAAUAAGGUGAUCAUUCUUAAUGGGUAUGCAUUCUUACAUCUCCUUGUUGAAAGGACAUUCUAAUACUUAUUAUAUUUGCUAAAAGCUUUAUUAUAGUAACUUCUAAAUAUGUUAACAAAACAACCUUUUGUGGACAUUAUGAUAUAAAGACUAAGCCAUUUCCCUUGGACUUACUUUGGAUAGUUAUGAUUUGUUAAUCACAAUGCCUAUUACUCUUCCACUAUUAAUUAAAAUACAGUUUCAAUAGUACUUAGCCAAUAAUUUUAUCGAUAGCAAUGCAAAAAAAUCUGGUGCUAUAGUGCUGAUAAAUGAAUGGGUGAUACAAAAUAAAAAUGUAUUCAGGCAGGUAUAUACAAACAAUUUCACUUCAGAAGAGAAAUCUUUAUAGGGGUUUAUGUUUUGUUUAGAUCCUAGAAUGGGUGCCUACUUGCUUGGCAUUGACAAGCCUUAGAAGUAGAUUUCUUACGAAGGACGGGUAUCCACCAAAGUAGUUGACAUGUAUUUAACAAAUCAGAUUAUUAAUAGGUGUCAUCAUAAUUAUUUUUUUUUUUUGUUAUUUUUCAAAUCCUUGUCAAUCUCCACUUUGGUGGAUAUUGGGCUUUAUGGUCAGAUUUCUGAUUUAGGAAAACAACCCCUAAAUAUGUUGUAAAAUAUAUUAGUGUUGAAAAUAAUGAUAGGGAUUCCAAUUAAUUUGAAUUGUAAAUUAAAGCUAAAAUUAAUUAUGCUGAAAUUAACUUAAAAUUAUUAUGCUUUAAUAAAUAGAAUGACAGGUAACAAAGUCAGUGUGAGUAAUUAUAGAAAUUGUUAAACAUUUUGAGGACAAAAUUCAAUUCCAAAAUAAAAAAGAGGACAAUAGAGAUGAUUUUGUUAAUCACAUAGAUAUAAAAUAAUACUUUUUACAUAAAUACCUAAUUUUAAUUGCAUUUUGCUAAGUGUCUUAAUUUCCUGUACCUAAAUGAAUUAUGGAGUUGGCAACUUGGUAACUACCUACCUAGGAACAAUUUUUUUUUUUAAUGCUGAAAUGAAUAAUAUAAUUAAUUACUUUUUUCUA